CCCCCAACCAAGUGGAAAAGAGAGCUUUGCCUCAAGCAUCUGGGAGAAGACAUGGAUGCUAACUGGAAGGAACUCCUUUGGUUACAAUUUGUGAUCUAAGAGAGAAAAGUUGCGUGCUGAAUUGGUGGGGUUUUGAAGGACUUAGUAGACAUGCUAAUCUUCAGGUAACCAUUGCAAAGACCAUGGCAGAAGAGCAGGGUGGGUUUUGUACAUUUUUGGAGGCUGCAGCGAAGCAGAAGAUGGAAAAGAAAGAGUCCAGUGGUCCCAAAGUAACCAGAGAGCCCAAUCUCCUAGAUGCUGGAAGCAAGGGGGGAUUCUGGGAAAGAUCCCUGCAGACAUCUCCAGAAGAGGACACCCUCAGCUUCGAUGUCCCAUGCCAGAAUUUCAGGCAGUUCUGUUACCAGGAGGCUGCAGGACCCCGAGAGGUUUGCAACCACCUUCAUGACCUGUGUGGUCGGUGGUUGAAGCCAGAACAGCUCACCAAGAAUCAGAUCCUGGACCUGGUGAUCCUGGAACAGUUCCUGGCUGUCUUGCCCUCAGAGAUGGAGAGCUGGGUCAGGGAAUGUCACCCAGAGACCAGUUCCCAGGCGGUGGCCCUGGCGGAAGGCUUCCUUUUGAGUCAGGCUGAGACCAAGAAACAGGAGAAUCAGGUGCAGGGGGCAUUAACAAAUGUUGCCCCAGAUUUUCCAGAUGCAGAAGAGGCUCCAUCAGGCACUGGGGAGAGGCUGCUGUUGACUCUGGAGAGUAACCAAAAGGCCACCUGGAUAAGUGGUGAAAUGACUCCAGCAACACUUCCACAUUCAUCUGUUUGUGAUUCUGUAGACCCAUCUCCUGGGCAUCCAGGGCAGGGUCUGGUGUGCUUUGAAGAGGUGGUGGUGUCUUUCAGUGAGGAGGAGUGGGCUCUGCUGGAUCCGGGCCAAAGAGCCCUGCACAAGGAAGUCAUGGUGGAGAAUUAUGGGAUCGUGUCCUCUUUGGGCAAUGGAUGGAAGAAAGAGGUCAAGGAGGAUCGAUCUGGGAUAUCAGGAGGAAAGGGCAGAUCAGAAGAGGCAGGAAAACAGAGACAGAAAAUUGAGAUAACUACAUCGACUGGAUCUCUUCCUUGUCAGCUUGGUGACUUCCAAGAAACCCCAGUCCAAGGCAAAAAAGAAGAAAGCCCAAAGAGACACAAGUGUCCUCUGUGUGAGAAAAGCUUCACUUAUAAAUCAAGGCUUAAUCGUCAUUGGCGAGUCCACACAGGAGAGAAACCAUAUAAAUGCUUGGUGUGUGGGAAGAGCUUGUGCAGCAACGCAAGACUUCAGACGCAUCAAAGAAUCCACACAGGGGAGAAGCCAUUUAAGUGCUCUGAGUGUGGAAAGAGUUUCACUGAGAAGUCCGAUCUUAGAAAACAUCAAAGAAGGCAUGCAGGAGGGGAACUGUACAUACUGCUGGAGUCCGGAAAGCGGUUUGCUUGGCGCAAAUCCAUGAUUUUCCAUCCAAGAAAGCUCAAAAGCAAGGAACCAUUGAAGUGCUUGGAAUGUGGGAAGAGCUUCACUACAAAUUCAGCCUUUGUCAGGCACCAGCGAAUCCAUACAGGGGAGAAACCAUAUAAAUGUCUUGUUUGUGGAAAGAACUUUACUCGGAGCACCCAUCUUGCGUCACAUCAACGAAUGCAUACAGGGGAGGUCUAUAAAUGUUCUGAGUGUGGAAAGAGCUUUGCAUGGAGAGCCUCUCUGCGUUUACAUCAGAGAAUCCACACAGGGGAGGACUAUAAAUGUUUGGACUGUGGAAAGAGUUUCAGUUUGAAAUCAGUCCUUAGAGGGCAUCAGCGAAUGCACACAGGAGAGAAGCCCUAUAAAUGCUUGGAGUGUGGGAAACUCUUUACCUGGAACACAACCCUGAUUAACCAUCGUAGAAUGCAUAGAGACGGGAAACCAUUUAAGUGCUUGGAGUGUGGAAAGAGCUGCAGUACAGGAUCUGACCUUAGAAGACAUCAAAGAAUGCACACAGGCAAGAAGCCUUAUAAGUGCUUGGAAUGUGGCAAGUGCUUCAGUUGGAAGUCAUAUCUGACUGCGCAUCAGAGAAUUCACACUGGGGAAAAACCGUAUAAAUGCCUCCUGUGUGGGAAGAACUUCACUCGAAAAACACAUCUUAACUCACAUCAAAGAAUGCACACAGGGGAGAAACCGUAUAAAUGUUUAAAAUGUGGCAAAAGUUUUGCCUGGAGUACCUCCCUGAGUUUACAUCAAAAACUCCACACAGGGGAGAACUAUCAGUGCUUGGAGUGUGGAAAGAGUUUCCGCCUGAGGUCAGUCCUUAGAGAACAUCAAAGAAGGCACACAGGAGAGAAGCCAUAUAAAUGUUUCGAGUGCGGAAAAAACUUCUCUUCAAACAAAACUCUGGGUUACCAUCAAAGAAUCCACUCAGGUGAGAAACCUUUUAAGUGCCCAGAAUGUGGAAAGGGCUGUAGUACAGGAUCAGCCCUGAGAAGACAUCAACAAAUCCACACUGGUGAGAAGCCCUAUAAAUGCUCGGAGUGUGGGAAAAGCUUCACUUGGAACAAAACUUUGAUUUACCAUCAGAGGGUUCAUACUGGUGAGAAGCCCUAUAAGUGCCUGGAAUGUGGCAAAUGCUUCAGCUGGAGAUCAUACCUGACGGCCCAUCAGAGAAUUCACACUGGGGAGAAACCGUAUGAAUGCCUGGUAUGUGGAAAAAACUUCACUCGGAACAUGCAUCUUAAAUCCCAUCAAAGAAUGCACACUGGUGAGAAACCAUAUAAGUGCUCAGAGUGUGGAAAAAGCUUUGCUUGGGGCACAUCUCUGAGUUCCCAUCGACGAAUCCACACAGGGGCUGACUAUCAGUGCUUAGACUGUGGAAAGAGUUUUAGUCUGAAGUCGGUCUUCAUGGGGCAUCAAAGAAUCCACACUGGGGAGGAGCCAUAUAAAUGCUUGGAGUGUGGGAAGAACUUGAGUACAAGCUCGGCCCUCACUAGACAUCAAAGAGUACAUACAGGGGAAAAACCAUUCAAAUGCCUGGUGUGUGGAAAGAACUUCACUCGGAAUAUUCACUUGAAAUCACAUCAAAUCAUGCACACAGGGGAGAAACCUUAUAAAUGCUUAGACUGUGGAAAGAGUUUUGCUUGGAGCUCAUCCUUGAGUUCCCAUCAAAAAAUCCACACUGAAGAGAAUCCUAUGAUUCCUAAAACUACUCACAAACGGAGCCAAUGCCCUGUGUGUGGGAAGGUCUUCCUUCGUAAAUCGAGCCUUUAUCUCCAUUGGGUGAUCCACACUGGGGAAAAACCUUUCAAAUGCUCAGAUUGCGGGAAGAGUUUCCGCCAGAAGGCGAACCUGAUUAGGCAUCAGGUGAUCCACACUGGGGAGAAACCGUACACGUGCCUGGAGUGUGGAAAGAGUUUCAGUCAGAGAGAAAAACUGAUCAGGCAUCAGGCAGUCCACACAGGGGAGAAGCCAUAUAUUUGCUUAGAGUGUGGAAAGGGCUGCAGAGACAGGACAGAACUGAUUGGUCAUCAGAGAAUCCACACGGGGGACAAACCAUUUAAAUGCGCUGAGUGUGGGAAGCGAUUCUUCCAGCGGGCCAAGCUUCUUCGACAUCAAAGAAUCCACACAGGGGAGAAACCAUAUACUUGCAUGGAGUGUGGAAAAAGCUUCAUCCAGAGGAUAGACUUGACUUCCCAUCAGCGCAUGCACACAGGCGAGAAACCCUAUUCCUGCUCAGAGUGUGGAAAGAAAUUCAGUAAGAACUCAAACCUCAAAAGACACCAAAGGGUUCACACAGGGGAGAAGCCAUUUAAGUGCACAGAUUGCCCCAAGAGCUUCUGCGAUCGAUCAACUCUCAUUAAGCAUCAGCGUAUUCAUGCAGAGGAGAAAACAUUCAAAUGCCUGGAUUGUGGGAAGAACUUUAUUUGGAGUACUACCCUAACGUCACAUCAACGAAUGCACACGGGAACAACCAUAUAAUUGCUCAAAGCAUGAGGAAAGCUUCAGUAAGUACUGAGACCCAGGAAGACAUCCAGUAAUACACACAGGGAUGAAACCAUGUAAUUACUCAGACUUCUUUGUAAAAAAAAUUCUGUUCAACUUAUUAGCAAGUUCAUGUAAGGCAGACACCAUAUUCACAUCUAGAGUGUGAAAAGAAAUUUAGUGGGAGGAGUAGGCUAACCUCAACAAAUCAGUACAGAGAAGUGCAUGAAUCCAAGAAAUGCUUAGACUGUGGAAAGGACUUUUCAGGUGGAGCUCUCAUCAGAAGAUUCAUGCUUAUGUGAAGACACAUAAUAAUGGUAGACUUUCCACAACUGAUCAAAACACAGUAAUCAGCAUAGUUUUUCUGCAAGGGAGAGAUUCUUGGAUUUCUGCGAACGUGCAAAUUGUAUUGUCGAGAACAGUAGAGUCUGGGAGAACAAAGCUGGAGCCAGCUUCUUCCCAUAUGUCAGAGGAUUCUAGUGAUGAGAUGCUCUUCUGGUCAACUUAUGAGAAUAAGCCUGACAUUAGUGAUGUUCAGAUGGUCAUAUAAGGUCAUAUAUGCCUAUGAUAUUGCCAGAGGGUAAAUACUGAACACAGUUCUAAUUGGUGCUUCUCAAAGAGCCUAUCCUGGAGUUAGAAACAAUACAGAAAGGGGCAACUGAAAUUAUAAAGAGGAUGGUGCAUCUUCCUUCUGAGAAAAGGGUAGGAUGUUUCAGUGUUGGGGAAAUAAAGAUGGAUAGACUGGUUGUUUACCCAGAAAAUUCACAGUUUUCAGCCAGCUGCAAGCUGAGUCAGUGGUCCUUCUAGUCAUGGCGAGGGCUUGUUCUGGGAACAAGAUAACAUUUCAGUCAACUCUGGACUAAGGAGGUACACGGUAAAGCCUAACACCCUUAUGAGUGGUGUAAAGAAAUUAGAUAGGGAUUUUUCUUUUUCUUUUGCUUAAUAUUUUCAAAAUGUAUAUUUGUGCUCAAUCAUACUUAACUCGCAAACAAAGUAUUAACAACCCAAAGACCAUUCCCUCCCAUUUAUAAAAUAAAUAAAAUCCCAAUAAUGCUGUUUCUUUUGGCUAAUUCAGCAGCAUCCAAAAGUCCUGGAGGAUACCUCCACUUAGGAAAAUGACAGAAUACUAUUCGAGUAGUUGGCUGUUGUGAGUUUUCCGUGCUGCGUGGUCAUGGUCUAGUAGUUAUAGCUCCUAACAUUUUACCCGCGUCUAAGGCUAGAACCUUCAGAGGCAUGUCACAAUAUGAUGCGUUUCUGUCCACGAUGCAACCUUUGACUAUUUUGCCCUGAAUAAUCCCACGAACUUUUGUGACAAUGACUGUGAAGGUUUACCGUGGAACAUAAAGUGACAGCUGGAAAGCUGGUCACCUUCUACUCUCACCCUGUAGUAGGAUAAAGUCUAUAAAGAUGGAUGCUUUAUCCCAAAAGAUGUUUUCUGUUAUGACUUAUUCAGGCAGGCAUUAUCAAUAAAGAACUAGAAUCUUA